AAAUACUUAAAAUUAAAAUUGAAUUAAAAAAAUAAAAGCAGGCCAUAAUUUUCGAAGGUUUGAUAGAAAGUGACAAAUAGAAACAUUUGAAAAAAGAAUAUCACGAUAAAAGGCAGAGAGAAAGAAAAAAGAGAGAAAGGUGUGAAGAAGAGUAGAGAGGAGGAUGCAAAUUACAUGAGAAACCAACACAAACCUCCUCAUUCACCACUCUUUCCUACCCUUUUCUUCUUCUCUUUCACUAUUUUCUAAUGGAAGAAACCUUUCUUGUUUUCCACUGGACCCUUAUCAGAUCUCUCUUGUCUAUCCUUCAAUGGUGGACUUUCAAUGUCACCGUUAUCAUCGUCAACAAGUGGAUCUUCCAGAAAUUGGAUUUCAAGUUUCCCCUAUCAGUAUCAUGUGUCCACUUUAUCUGCUCAGCCAUUGGAGCAUAUGUGGUAAUUAAGGUGCUGAAGCUUAAACCGUUGAUAAGUGUUGACCCUGAAGAUCGCUGGAAAAGAAUCUUACCUAUGUCAUUUGUGUUCUGUAUUAACAUAGUGCUGGGUAAUGUGAGUCUACGAUACAUCCCAGUUUCUUUUAUGCAGACUAUAAAGUCAUUCACACCUGCAACCACAGUUGUUUUGCAGUGGCUAGUGUGGAGGAAGUAUUUUGACUGGCGUAUUUGGGCUUCUCUUAUACCCAUUGUUGGAGGGAUUCUUCUCACAUCUGUAACAGAGAUGAGCUUUAAUAUGUUUGGAUUUUGUGCUGCCUUACUUGGCUGUUUGGCUACAUCUACAAAGACCAUCCUUGCAGAAUCUCUUCUGCACGGGUACAAGUUCGACAGUAUAAACACAGUUUAUUACAUGGCACCUUAUGCAACCAUGAUAUUGGUGCUUCCUGCCAUGUUACUUGAAGGCAAUGGAGUUCUGGAAUGGCUUAAUACUCAUCCAUAUCCUUGGUCGGCCCUCAUCAUUAUUUUCAGUUCUGGGGUGUUGGCUUUCUGUCUUAACUUCUCCAUUUUUUAUGUGAUCCACUCCACCACUGCUGUAACAUUUAACGUUGCUGGGAAUCUUAAGGUUGCUGUUGCUGUCCUUGUUUCUUGGCUGAUAUUUAGGAACCCAAUUUCAUAUUUUAAUGCCGUUGGGUGUGCUGUGACUCUUGUGGGUUGUACAUUCUAUGGCUAUGUUAGACACUUGAUCUCCCAACAGCCACCGGUUCCAGGAACUCCUCGGACACCAAGAACCCCUCGGAGUAAGAUGGAGUUGCUUCCACUUGUAAAUGACAAAUUAGAAAAUAAGUUCUAAUAGUAAUUGGUUUAGCCACAUAUGAGGUUUCUUCUGUCAUUUGGAAGACAGAUAUAGCAAUAGGUCUAUAAAAUAUGAAAGUGACUUUGGUUAUUUAUUGUGUUAGAUUACCCCCAAAAUAUUUAAUACAAGAUUCUUUCUUGUUUCUUCAGUCCUGAAUCUUUGUGAGUUGUGUUUUUUUUCUAGCAUAGAGUUUGUAUGUAGCCCAAGGGCGAUGAUUGUUAAGUUAUUGUUAUUUUCUAAUGAAUUGGACUUAACAUACCUAA